AUGGUCAGGAUCUGGUCAUGCCAGCCUCACAGUCUCAGUUGGGGAAAGUUAUGGCAAGUGUUGCCUUGUAUGAUGGGUUGGUGCAAGAGGCACAUGUCUAGGCCCUCACACAUAGUCUUGCGGAGGUGUAACUGCUUUUUCUCAGUCAGGUCGAGUGCAGCAACAAUCCCCUGGCGUCUUCUCGUUGUCGAGCUGAGGUGUCGUGUUUAG